AUGCCUGUAGAAUUAAACAGCUUGACUGAAGGGUGGCUAGAAUUGGAAAGUGAUCCCGGCUUAUUCACCUUGUUACUUGAGGACUUUGGUGUUAAAGGAGUCCAGGUGGAAGAAAUAUACGACUUACACAAGCCGUUAGAAAGUCCAGUUUACGGCUUCAUAUUCCUUUUCCGAUGGAUAGAAGAGAGACGGUCGCGUAGGAAAUUCGUGGAGCAGAUUGAGAGUUUUGUACGUGAUGAAGAAACGAUUAACAAUAUAUUCUUUGCUCAACAAAUGGUGCCUAACAGUUGUGCGUCACAUGCCUUGCUAUCGAUUCUACUAAAUUGUCCAAACUUGCAUUUAGGGGAAACCUUGAGUAGAUUAAAGCAUCACACAUUGGGUAUGAACCCAGAGAACAAGGGAUGGGCAAUAGGGAACACUCCAGAAUUAGCUUGUGCUCACAACUCUCAUGCAAUCCCCUUAGCUCGCAAGAAGACUGAUAAAAAUGCUGGAGUUUCUACUGGACGCUUUACAGGGGAAGCAUACCAUUUUGUCAGUUUUGUACCCAUCAAUGGACAUUUAUUUGAACUUGAUGGGCUAAAACCAUUUCCAAUGGAUCAUGGACCAUGGGCAGCUGAUGAAGAUUGGACAGAGAAGUUUAGGAGAGUGAUGGUUGAAAGACUGGGUCGUGAUGCUGGUGAACAAGUACAUGAUAUAAGAUUUAAUUUAAUGGCGGUUGUACCAGAUAGAAGAAUUGCAUUAACGCAGAAACUCAAUUCCCUUGAAAUGAAUCAAAAGAGAAUAAAGGAAGCCAUUUCAAAAAUCGGAAAACAUUUACGGCAUUUGCUGACAAAACCUAGGGAGUACAAUGACGAUUCAAUAUCACCAGAUAACAACGAAGACUCUUCAAAUGACAAUUGUUUGCAAGUUUCUGAAGAUGCCAUUAUAAACGCAUUGGAUGCUAUGGAGGCUCCAUCAUUUGACAUAGAUUUUACGCAGCCUAUAACUAUUGAAAUUGGCGUUGUUGAUAAACCACAACAGGACAAGAGCAUUAGCUUAGCUGAUGCGGUUGAACCAAAUGUAACUUCAAAGUUUUUCACAAUAAACGGUGAUCAUCAAAUCUUAACAAAUUUACAUCCAACAUCAACCACCGCUCUUCUACGUAGUAAUAACAUGCCGAUAAUAUUAUGCUGUGAAGUCACUCCCGAACAGCCCUAUAGAUUUAGAAAGAUAUUGUUCACACAUUCGGAACUGAAUGUGUUUUCAAGUAGCAUUGUCUCCGAGAUGCAGUCGUGUCAGCAGGCUCUGAACGAUGAAAAUGAUAAGAGGGAUAUGUAUAAGGUAGACGAUUGCCGAAGAACGCACAACUACGACGAGUUUAUCUGCACGUUUCUAUCCAUGCUUACGGAGCGCGGCGUGUUGGGGGAACUGGUUAGUGCGCAACUCGAACGGGGCCGGUCGCCGCGUGUGCGCAGGCGCCGCCCUCGACCGCGCCCGCGAGCCAGGCCACGACCUAGACCUAGAGCUAGAAAAUAA